AUGGAGAGGAAAGAGGAAAAGGAAAAGGUGAAAGCACAUCGCAAACGUUCCGGGGACCAUUCCGUGCGGAGAGAAAAUCUGCCGACCCCACCGCCAGAUCCGACGAUCGAUCGGCGGCCGGAGGUCAGCGGGCCCACCGAUGGUUGCGCCGGGUUGGCAGCGAACGAACCGUCGCCACCGUGCGACUCGUACGGCGGUUAUCACGAGACGGAUCCGUUCAAGCGGCUCUACACGUACCGAGAACGGGAGGCCCAAUUUUUGCGCCUGUUGUGUGAUAAUGAGCCCGCGUGUAGACAGACGGCGGCGGCGGCGGCGGCGGCGGCGGCGGCGGCCCCCGCAGUGCCGGCCGGCGAGCAGCAGGAGAAGGAUGCUUGGCUUGGCGCCGACCCCGGGUUCGAGUCGGCCAACGACUUUCUGAUGCUGAUGAACCGCGCCGGACCGUCGGUGGCGGCCGCCCUGUCGACGAAGGACGCCAUAGACCAGCUGGACCGGUUGCACGAGCUGAUCGGUCAGUUCCUGACCGUGCAGGAGCAGAACAUGCGGAUGGCAUGGCAGUUGAAAAACGUGGAAACGUUGCGCAAGCUAAAGUUGAUGCAAAUAGCGAUCGCGAAAGAUCCGGAAUCGUUCAUUGCCGGUCAGGGGGACGACCCGUCCGACAACGAUCUGUUGGACAACGAGAUCGAACAGAACUUGGCGUUGCUGGAGACGAUCCUGGCCGCUGGCAACACUGCCAGCAGCAAGCGUUCCAGCUCCAAGAGGGAGCGUAGCAAAUCGGUGAUCAACGAGGAGAUUGCCAACUUCCAGUUGGCCAGGAAGGAGUCGAGUGGUCGGAACUACUCGCUGCGGCGCCAGAGCGCCAUCUCCGACUUCAAACCGAAGGUGUCCAAAUGGACGAAAGUGAAGGCGGCCUUCAAGUGGGAAAAGACUAGUGCACUGCCAGCGAACGAAAUCAAGAGCUCGGAGGCGAUGAUGAUACCGGUGAACAACGAGGUGGCCCGAUACCUUCGGGUGCCGUCGAUUCCCUGUGUCGGCAGUUCCGGCGACUCUGUGUUUAGCUCCUCGUCCGGGAUCGUCGUAAGCGGCGGAUCGGCUCCCGGUACGCCUGGUGAGAACAGUUUGGCCAGCUCCACGGAAAACCUUACCGACAUGAACGAGGAACCGGCCGGCCGAGAUAAACACGGCAAGCGAGACUCGGUGAAGAGCGCGUCGGAGCGAGGCAGCCAGGAGGAGGACGCCCGCCGCUCACGGUCCCUCGAUGGCGAAGCAAUUCUCGAACCGAUCCGGCAAAUGGAUAAGAACAAAAACAAGUCCGCCUGGAGUAAGGUGAAGGGCAUCGUGAAGAACCACCGGGGGUCGCUGAAGUCGAACGAAUCGCGUCGGAACGCGACGAAACCGUCCAACAGUGUCGGCUGCAGCCGGGAGGCGAGUCCGUGCGAGUCGAUGGAGGCCUGCGAGCUGAUGACGCACGGGCGCGAUCGCUCGGAUUCGUUCUCGUCCAGCCAAACUUCGCCCGGCCACCGAACGGCGACGACCCCGACGUUUCUGCUGCUCCCUGGAGCGGGAACCGGCGGCGAAACCCAAAGUGUCCCGAGUGGUCCCAACUCACCGUGCGGCUCGAUACCGACCGGUCCGACGAUCUCCAGCGGCGACGAUGCCGACUGGAAACCGGCGACGGUGCCGGAGUACCGGACCAGCCGCAGUGGCAGCGGCGACAAGGGGGUGCCACCGGCCGCGAAGGCGACGCAGCCGGCCCCGCCGACGACCACCCGAAGUUCGCGCAAAAGCAAACACAUACCUGAUAUCGAAUCCGUACCUGAGGGCGUUCCGGUCGAGACCAACAACAGCAGUAUUAGUAGUAGGCUAAGAAAGUCGCCCCCGAAGCCGCUGAGUUUGCGGCAGGAAGCGAUCGACCUGCCCGGGCCGCUGGACCACUCGCUUGGAAGCGCCGACGGGCCCGCCUCACUGUCCCUGUCGUCGUCGUCGCCCGGUGCCCGGCAUUCGCCGAAGCGCCGGAGCUACGCCGGCAUUACGUUCGAGCCGGACGGAUCGCUUCCGGCGAGCCCGUCCGGGAAGCAUUUCACGUUCUUCGGUGCCAUCCCAGCGCCCACGGCGCCAGUGUCGGGGUCGGAUCAGCGCGUGGUCGAAGUGCCGGAAGGUGAUUACUCAAGCGGGGACGUAUCGGAUCAGACGACACCGAAGCGGCGGCCGUCGCCCAAGAACCGAACGCUGCAGCGCCAGCGGGAGGAAAUCGAGCGGCGCUACCAGGAGCUGCAGCAGAAGCUCCAGCGAGAGUUUGACGCCAAACAGCAGGAAUGGGAACGGAUGCGCCCGGCUGCGCUGCUCCUCAACACCAACCCCCUAUUGCUUCUAGUGCACCAGCUGCUGAAGGACGACCCGGGAGGCGGACACGGAGCGAUCGGUGGUGGCUCGGCGUCGUCCAAGGCGCAACCCACACCGAUCGUGGAGGACAACUUGACGCCGGACUUUAAGAAGAAGCUCAACGAAUGGCGCUCGAAGCACCAGCCCCAGUCGUCGAAGGAUGGGGCCGACGGCAAGAAGAAACCCAUCACCGACUGGCAGCUGUGGAAGACGGGACAGAUCAAGCUCGAGGGCCAAGGAUUGAAGCAGCUGCCCGACGCCAAAGACCUGCCGGAGGAUUUCCAGAAAAAGCUAUCCGAGUGGAAACAGAUGAAGGCCGCAAACAAGGUGCCACCGUACACCAACCAAACGUCGCCGGGUGUGGCAUGCGGAUCGGGGUCGGCAACGGGCAAUGGCGACGGCUCGAUGAAACGGCACCAAGCGAAGGCGUGCGGUGGGGCUGUCAAGAAAUCGAAAACCGCCGACGAACUGGAGAAGGACAAACAUCAGUCGCAGUUCCAUCAGCAGCAGCAGCAACAACAACAGCAACAGCAGCACAAGGCCGAAGGGCUGUCGAAGCUCAAGGCGCUGGUCAGUACCUCGGAGGCGCCCAAAAAGGAGCUGGUCGUGCAAACGACGAAGGGCUUCAUCAAGUUCGAGGGUAUCUCGCGCAAGUUCACGCGCAAGCUGUUCGAGUGGGAGAAGGCGAAAAACAUCGCCCCGGAAGCGUCGACCAUCGCGCUGCUACAUCCGGGCUACGCACCGGUCGUGGUGGAGAGCCGGGGCGUUCUACUGGUGGACACAAAGCGUGAAAAGUCACCGGGGCUGGUGCGAUCGCUCUCCAUGGACAGCAUUGCGCCGAACCCGUCCGCCUCGUCCAUCUCGCACCAACCGUCGAGCCUCUCGCUGAACGAUGCCGACGAGCUGAAGGACCCGGAUAAGGACAGCGCGUCCAACAACCGGCGCGUGUCGUCGAACCCGGAGCUUGAGCUGAGCGCCGAACGGGAGGAGCCCGGUGCCGUGCUGGUGGAAGUGGAAGACGACGUGCUCGAGAUGGCCGAUCCCUUGCCGGCAACGGCCGUCGAUCGGAGGCAAUCGACAACGCUCAGCCCGAACCAGAAAGCCAAAGAGCCUGGCUAUGCGUCGAGACCUUCCAGCAACAGCAGCACGAUCCUGAAGGAUUCCACCAAGCUGCUGAUCCGGCUGAGCGAACAGGACUCGGUCGACCGGGACGAGGUGCGUCGGCUGAAGAUCGUGCUCCGGGCGCUGAUCGCCACGCUGCCCGAGUUUGUUGAGACCGGCUCGCGGGACAGCAUCGCGUUUUUCGCCUACAUGAAGGACCUGGCACUAGACGUGCUCCGCCAGUUGCACCGCUUCGACGACGGCACGCCGAAGGAUGCGGGUGAGGUGCUCGCCAACGUGCUGUCCAUCAACGGGCUGGUGGCGGAGCUGAAGAAGUCGCUCCACGCGUACAUGAAGUACGCGACGGGCGGUGCGAAUGGGCGCAACGACGAGGAGAUACCGCAGAUCAGUAUUACGCCGGCGGCCAUCGGAGCCCAGGCGACGACCUCCAUCCAGCGGACGGAAGACUCGUUCCGCAGCAUGGCCACCAUCAACGUGACCCCGACUUUCGUGUGCAAUGCGGUGCGCGUGAAAACCGUUGACGUGGCGGUGUCCAGCCCGGUGCACCGGUUAGUACCCGUGAGCUCCGAAUCGGACCCGGUACCGGUGACGUCACCCGACGAUUCAUCGGCCCCGCGCAAGGAGUUGGUCCCGCGCAAGGAGUCUCCCGAGAAGGAGGCACGGGAGCCGACGGGUGGCAAAAAGCUGCAGCGCAACCUGAGCAACGGCAGCCGCCGGAAGACGCGCAUCAAGCGGAUGGGCUCGCGGCAGAGCAGCAAAACGGAGAGUGACAGUGACGACAGCGCGCCGAACUGUGCGCUGGAUGUGCCGCGCAAGACGAAACGGAAGACGAGUCGGGCGAAAAAGUCGUCCUUCGAUUCGACGGAACGGCUGGCCACCGGCGAGCGGUCGGCCGGCGGCGAGGACGUGGUGUACGUGUUGAAGAUCAAACCGGGCCAGAAGAUCGAGCAGGUGGAGCACCCGCUGCCACAGAACGCGCUCAUGACGAUGGCCGGCCCAGAAGAGGGGCUCAUCUCGCCGCCGGGAGCCUGCGGGGAGCUCCUAAUCGAGGAGCCGGCCAUCGUGACCACAGUGGCCACUGCGGUCACGACGAGUGUGCUGGUGAAAACGAAACGAAAAAUUUUCACCACACUCGAGGCCGGGCCGCUCCCGCCUGGUGAGUUGCUUCCGAAGGUCGCCAUCAGCCAGGAGCUCGAGUCCGGCUCGGGUGCCUCGGAUCGGAACGAAGCGGAAACGGUCGCGACGGUGCCGUACGGUGCGGCCGAGCAGAGUCGCGUCACCAAUCUGCCGCCGUUGCCACAGUCGCCGGGCAUGCAGCGACGACUUCAUGACCACCACGGCCUCCACCAGAAGGCCCCGAACAAGGAGCUGUCGCCGAACAUACGGAUCAUGAUCGCCAAGUACAACCAGCGGCUCUCGACGGAGAAGCCGGGGACCUCGCCGCACAGUUCGGGCUCCUGCUCACCGGUCGCCUGGCGGUCGCCCGUUCUCGACCGGCGCGUGCGCAAGCAGACGGAAAAGUACCAGGACGCGAUCCAGCUCUCCAAGUCGGCCAGUGCCGGCAGCUUACGCAAGUCCCUGCGGCACCUGGAAGACGCUUCGGGGCUGCCGGGCGGGCAGGGCUUGACUCUGCUUAGUGGGCGCGAUCGGCUAGGGACCGAGGAUCGAGCGCCGGUGAUCAAAUCGUCCAGCACGAGCAAAAUCGAGGGUACGACCAGCAAGGCGGCAGAACUGCGCGAUUGUCCGAAGGCCAAGGAAGAAUCUCCCGAACUCCUGGCCACCUUCUUGGCGUGCGACAGUUUGCGGAGGCGCGACACGCUGUCGCGCCUGGAAAGCCGCCGCGAGGCAGCCCAAUCGAAAUCUGCCGAUCCGCCCUCCGCGGCCAGCGUUCCGUCAGCGUCGGCUACCGGUACGAUCCGCAAGGAGCGAUUGUACAAGAAGCGCACGGAGUCCCCCAUUGCGGCGAGCGGAUCAGCGAUGGUGUCCCGGGGGGAGAAGUUCUCCCGCUGUCGGUCCGUGCCGAACGAGGAGUGCGCACCGGAGGCGCCGAUUUCGUCCAAAGCCCUGAAACCGCCCAGUCCGCGUUUGAUUGCCCGCCGGCGGCACCUGGAGCUGCAGCAGCGGACGGGCGAGUGUUCGCGAUCGGCGCCGACGACACCGCUCGACGAGAACCGGAGUAUCCUCGUGCCGCUGAGCCAGCGGGCGCUGAAGUUGCAGAAGGCCAAGGAAGAGUUUCUUCUGCGGGCACCACUGGCCACUGGCGAUCGGUCGGCCGUGUCCACGCCCGAGCCGGUCGCAUCCGAUUGGAGCAACCGGAUGAGUCAGAUCAGUGCCACCACCAGCACGGCCUCGAGCGCCCUGGAUGCGGGCUGUCCGGAUCUACUGCUGAUGAAGAGUGCCAGUGCGGGCGUGGUCGACGGUACCUCGGUUACCGACGCCGAGUCGGAGCUCUCGUUGCGCCGCAACGAAUCCGGCGAGGUGCGAACGGAUGUCGGUGGCGGAUCGUCGUCACGCCAUAGUAUCAGCACCGCGAGUGGUGGCCGCUUCGGAGGACUCUCGAACCUGGCGUCGAAGCUGCGCAAGGUGAAGCUACGGCGCAGCAGCAAGGAUCUCAGCAAGAUGCACGCCGUCUCGGCCCUCUGCCGCCAGAGUCUGAUGGUGGACAUCAGUGGGGAGGCCGCGAAACUGGGUAGCGCCCACAGUCUGGGAUCGCCGCGAAGCAGCCUCGGUGCCACCGAUGAAGCGGAUCGCGAAGGUGACAGUGAACCGCUCAAAAAGUCUGGCAGCGUGCAGGCAAUCUGUAAUCGGUUCCGGCGAACCGGUGAUCGCAGCGACGAGCUCAAGAAGAGCCGCAGUUUGGGAUUUCUGGAACCCGAGCGGAAGGGUUCCGGAUGA